AUGCGAGAGUAUGAGGCGCUCCAACGAGUGAGCGGCGGAGAAAGCGGAGAUUGUCUCCAACCCGCGCAACCAGGCGACCCGCAGACUGAACAGGAGGGCGAGACGUCGUCGCCCUUCUCCUUCGUUGAAAUCGCCUUUGUCAAUCCGCAUGUUGGCAGAGGCUUGGUGGCGCGUCGCGCCUUCAAGGCGGGCGAAGUUAUCUACGACGACGCGACGCCGCUGGUCGCUGUGCAACACGAAUACUCGCGGCGCUGCAGCUGGGCGUGCGGCUGGUGUUUCGCCUUCCUUGGCAACCUGCGUGAGCAGCUGGAGCAGAUUCUCUCCAACGACUUCUCGGGCGCAGUUGCUCGCGACGCAACUCUUCGCACGGGUCUCCAGCUGCUGAGCGACGACUUCCUCCGGCGAGAAGGACUUUGCCUCGCUCGCCCUAUCCCCUGCGACCGCCGCUGCGGAGUGGUCUACUGCAGUGAACUGCACAAGCGCCGCGCGCAGACGGAGAGCUUUCACCGCCUCCUCUGCCUCGAGGCUUCGCCGCGGACGGCUCGCGCCUGGCAAGCCUUCGCGGCGCACUCGCGGCGCUCCCACGAGAAUUUUCUUCUCGCAGGUCGCGCCUACGCGCAGAUUCUCGUUGACGUGCUUUGCGGAAGAAAGUCCGUUAAAGACGCGUUGGAGCCCUUCCAGCUAUUUCAUUCCCAACGAUGGGAGGAUCUCGCCGACGAGACGUUUGUACCGCCCGAGACGCGCGCGAAGGAGGGCUCGCACGUUCCGCUGGCCUCCCGCGAAGGCAGGCGGCGCCUGCUGAGCGAGUCGUUCGCUCUCCUCUGUCGCGUAUUUCUUUCGCGAGACGUGCUGGGCGAGAGUCCCUGGGCGGACGCGAGGGGCGACGGAGACCCAGAGACAGAAGGGGGGUCGGCGGUCAUCAACGAGCCGUGGAGCGCUCUCUUCAGUCUGGACGUGUACUCGCAUCUCCUGGGGGCUUUCGAUCUCGUCAACGUGAAUAUCGAGUUCGAUAACCCGCUGAACGCCGUCCUCGCGGAGUCGCCUCGUCUGGUCGCCUUCGCGCCAUGCGUGCGACUCUUUCGUCUUGCAAAGCGGGUAGCGUCCUGCGCGGACGCCGAUGAGAUCGAUUCCGCGGAGCUGCAAGAGAAUGGAGAAGCGCCGCUUGAGCGGCUCGCAAAGUCUUUCUUGCAAGAUGCGCCGCUGACGGCAGCUGAGCGCCGCGAGCUCGCGGCGCUCGCGCGCGAUCUGCUUCCUCCUUUCAUGGGCAUCGGGCUUUUUCGUGCGGUCUCGAUGACGAAUCACUCCUGCUACCCCAACGCGGAAGUGAAGGCGCUGCGCGACAUCGCGGAGGGCGAGCAGAUUCUUCAGUCCUACAUCGAUGAGAGGUUGCCCCUGCACCAGCGCCAGGCGGCUCUAAAGCGCCACUACAGGUUCACAUGCUCGUGCUCGCGUUGCCGCGUGGAGGCCGUCGUAGCGUUGCUAGCGAAGCGCGGGGCGUUGCCUGCGGAGGAGACUAGACUCGUACACGUUGUGGCGCUCGCCACAGGUCUGCUGCCUGCGACGGUGGCGGAAAUCCGCGCGUUUGGAGCGUCGGUUUCUGACUCCUCAGACCCUGACGACGACGAUUUCUCCGAGUCUGAAGCCUCUGAAGACGGCGGCGACGAGCCAGGCGAGCCGGCGCGAAACCUCUUGCGGGACGGCGGCGAGGCCGGAGGCCCAGAGGCGCGCGGGACCUGGAGCAGCCCAGAAAGCGGAGCCGCCCCGCCGAGCCUCGAUGGAGAGCGAGCAGGCACCCGAGGGGUGGCGAGUCAGGAACUCGCGCUAGCGCGAGGCGUGGGAGGCGAGAAAUAUUAG